GCUAAAUGUAUAUGAAUUAGAAUUCAAAUGCUUGUUGAUUUUCUUUGAAAAGAGAAACAUAUUCAGAGGUCUCGAUAACAUCUUGUCAAAGGCACAGAUUGAGUGUCAGCACGCGUCCUCCUCCAGCAGGCGCCGCUGUGGGCACGCUCUCAGCCGGAAGCGGAAGCGGAAGGGGAAGCAGCGGCUGCAUGAUCGCAGUGGGGUCGCAGCAGUGAUGAUGGCGGUGAGGGCUUCAGUGUUCAGAAGGGUUUCAGAGGACAUCAGCAGCACACACUACCUGACGCACAGAUUCACUCUUCAGACACAGCAGAGGUGUGGCUUCCGCAAGGUAGCGAAGAAGGUGGAGCCAAAGAAGGGUGUGGCAGAAGAGGCGGAGCAAAAUGAAAUCCUACACAAGAAGGGCGUGGCUCCUGCUCCAGACCCGCCCGCCCCACAUGUACCCACCCGGUCAUUUGGCAGACUGGUCAAACCAUUUGUCUUCACCAUAGGGUUUACAGGUUGUUCAUUCGGCGGAGCGGCGAUAUGGCAGUACGAAAGUCUCAAAUCUCGUGUACAGGGUUAUUUUGACGAUGUCAAAGCAGACUGGCUGGAGAAGAUACGGCCUCAGAAACAAGGAGAUUUACGCAAGCAGGUGAAUCAAUGGUGGAACACUUUAAGUGAUGGACAGAAAACAGUCACAGGCAUCAUUGCAGCGAAUGCGUUGGUGUUUUGUUGUUGGAGAGUUCCUUCUCUGCAGCGCUCCAUGCUCAAGUACUUCACAUCUAACCCCUCCUCCAAGGUGCUGUGUUGGCCCAUGCUGCUGUCCACAUUCAGUCACUAUUCUCUCUUCCACAUGGCGGCCAACAUGUACGUACUGUGGAGUUUCUCUUCAAGCAUCAUCAACAUGAUGGGAAAAGAGCAGUUCAUGGCGCUCUACCUCUCCGCAGGUGUGAUUUCUACGUUUGUCAGUUAUGUGAGUAAAACAGCGAUGGGUCGGUUUGGUCCAUCACUGGGGGCGUCAGGGGCCAUCAUGGCCGUCCUAGCAGCUGUUUGCACCAAAAUGCCUGAAGCCAAACUGGCCAUCAUCUUCCUCCCCAUGUACACCUUCACCGCCGGAAAUGCUCUCAAGGCCAUGGUCGCCUUGGAUACCACAGGCUUGAUUCUGGGAUGGCGUUUUUUCGAUCACGCAGCUCAUUUAGGUGGAGCUUUAUUCGGCAUCUGGUACAUCAGUUAUGGUCAUGAGCUCAUUUGGAAGAACAGAGAGCCGCUGGUGAAGAUGUGGCAUGACUUCAGAACGAGAGGCCCGGGCACUGGCGGCAACGGCUCGAUUUAGAGCCAUGCAUUAGAGUCAUUCAUUUUCAUUCAUGAAGAGAAAACAAUUUGAGAAACGGACACAGACACGCUGACACAGAUAUUCAUGCACUUGAAGCUCAUGUUCUGUUUUGUAUUCUGUGAGAGAGUCAUAGAGUGAGGUCCGUUUCAGUCACAGUGAUGUCCUUAUGCUCCGCCUCCGAUUUGAAAUUUGAAUCCAACUAACCCCACCCACUUGGUUAAAAAUGCAAAUGUAUCUGGAGGGGCAGAGCUUCGGCACACAGCUCUAAGGACGUUAUGCGUCUCAGUGACAUUCAACAUCAUGUACAGAAACUUAAAAGUUUAAAUAGUCUGUAACUGUCAUUUUGAAAAAUAAAAUUAUUAUUUAAA